GGUGUGAGGGCUUGGCGAGCGACUCACCUGGGGACUUAGGAUUUGAAGAGUGUGUGAGACACACUGAGGAGGACGUCCACGGUCAUGUAGACACAGGCUCAGGCAGGAGGCCCGGCUGACAGUAGGGCUUGGGAGACCUGAAACCUGCAGAUGUAAUACGAAGUACGGGAGGCAGAGGAGGCCGCCGGGAGAUCACAAAGCACGAGAAGACAACCGGGAGCGGAGCAGAGCGGCCCAGGAGCCCGAUGAGGAUCCAGUGGGAGGUAGGACCAGGGAGAGUGAGGGCAGGAAAGAAGUGUUGAAAAGGGAGUCACCCACAGUCCAUCAGACAUCAGGCAAGAUGGGACUGCAAGUUAGCCACCGAAUUCGACAACCAGAGGUUAUUGGGACAUUUUGGAACACGAGGGAGAGCCUAAUCAGUCAGUGCCUUUGGUUUAAGCGAGAGAAGGUAGACUCCGGAGUCACACACAAACCUGAGUGCAGUUUCCAUUUCCACCCUGUUUAGCUGUGAGGCUUUCAGUAAAUGAGCAAACCUUUCUAAGCCUUAGUCUUUGUCAUCCAAAAACUGGAGAUAAUAAUAAAUACAGCCUCAGGAUCUUAAGAGGAUUAAAACAAUGUCCAUAAAAUACGUGUGACCGGCUCUUAUACACACGAAACAACAUGAAUUUCUUCUCUCCACCAUCAUUCCAUCUCUUCUCCCUUCACCACGAAAGACACAUGAUGUUUCCCCUUAUAUUUGAUAGUCAAGAAGCUCCAAUACAGAAUUUAUCCCAGCAGCUCUCUCCUCAAAGUGUCACAUUUCUCUCCUUUGCCCACUGUUUUCUUCUUUUUAAAAUUGUACUUACUGGUUAUUUGGUUUCUGUUUGUUUUGUAAUCCUCAUCAAGGCCUAUUUCGAAGACAAGCUGAGUCAAAAAUAAUCAAGUGGCUGGAGGCUCUUGAUUCAACAUGACUGCCAUCCUCUCCUCCCCUACCUCUCCACACCUCCCUAACGUAACACUACAGAAAUACAGCGGAUGAAAGCUUGACAAAUAUCUGGAAGGUUGAUCCACAGUUACUCACCUGGCUGUGAAGGCUGACAGGAUUUCGUGGUUGUCUCCAUCCCCGAGUCUGCGUGGACGCCCUUCCUGGAGUGCGAGUCCAGUGUCCUCUGGGGAGUCGUGGAGCCAGCUUCAGGACUGACCAUGACUUCUGUAAAGGAGCAGGCAGCCAUCAGCCGGCUCUUGAGUUUUUUACAGGAGUGGGACAACGCUGGCAAAGUUGCAAGGAGUCACAUCCUCAACACUUUCAUCGAGACCAACCAAGGCAAGACCGCCCCUGAACUGGAGCAGGAGUUUUCCCAGGGAGCCAGCUUGUUCCUGGUACGCCUGACCUCCUGGCUGAGACUCACCUAUAUGACUGGUUGGUGUUUAGAUAAGCUUCUAAAGUCAAUUGGCAUCUUCUUGUCAGCUGUAAGCAGUAAUCGGUACCUUAUAGAAUUUCUCGAGGUUGGAGGCAUCCUAACACUCUUGGAAAUACUUGGGCUGGAGAAGAUCAAGGAGGAGGACAAGAAGGAAUCCAUCAGGCUACUUCAGGUCAUUGCGAACUCUGGCAGGAAGUACAAGGAGCUCAUUUGUGAAAGCUACGGUGUAAGAUCCAUAGCAGAAUUUUUGGCAAAGUCUAAAUCAGAAGAGUCCCAGGAAGAAGUGCAGAUUCUCUUGGAUUCUUUGGUCCAUGGCAAUCCCAAGUACCAGAAUCAAGUGUACAAAGGUCUAAUAGCUUUGCUGUCCUGUGCGUCCCCCAAAGCUCAGCAGCUGUCCCUGCAGACUCUCAGGACUGCACAGUCGAUCAUUGGAACCACACACCCCAGCAUCGUGGACUGCGUGCUGAAGGUACUGCGCACGAUGCACCUGGAAGUGCAGUAUGAAGCCAUCGAGCUGAUCAAGGACCUGGUCAGCUAUGACGUGUGCCAGGCGCUGCUCAAGGGCCUCGUGGCACUGCUGAUACCGUCCGUCAAGGAGACCAGCAAACUGCAGCACAAGAUCCUCAACGACCCCGCGGUUCUCCAGCUCACCGCCAACCUGCCGGUGUUCUUGCAGCAGGCCGCGGCGGCCAAGGCCAUCGGCCCGAAUUCCCGGCCCAGGGUCCUGGCGCGCAGCAACACGAGCAUCGCCGAGGAGAUGCUGCACCUGCGCGUGGUGCACAGCCUGAUGGCCGCCAUGGGCAACACGGACCACAGCAACAGCCAGCGGCAGGCCAGCCUCACGCUGGAGUACUUUGUGCAGAUAUUCCCAGUGGUGGAGGAGCACGUACGCCCGUCCAUGGGAGAGGAACUCUACGCGCUCUUCCGCAGCAAUGCCGGGGACUUGUACAUGAAAAUAGAUAGCAUUCAGGCGGACAUCUUGGCGGCCAACAAAGUCAAUGUUUCCAAAGCAUUAUCCACCAGUGGCAUCUCCUACAACAGCAUGAACCUUGGCCCUCGUGAUGAGAAUCAACUGACUUACACCACAUACUUCCAGAAGGAGAAUUCGGAAGGAAAGGAGUAACAAACAGCCUCUGAGGCAAUCCAGAAAGUCCAAGGCUGUGUUUCAGGAAGCCUAGCAGAAGGAACCCCUGGUCAAGCUCAGGGUGACUCUGUUCGCCCUAGGUGGGAAGCUGGGGGUUUAUGCCAGUAGUGGAAAGGGAGGGCUGUUGGCUGGAAAAUUCAAUAAAUAGUCUUGCUGUC